AAUGUCAACUAACUACUCUAAUAAAAAGAGGGAUAAGCCACCAGUUAAUGGCAACGGUCACACAUUUAACGAAGGAGCAAACGGCUCUGGUUCAGAACUUACUACUGCCUUUCCUAGCGUGAAUGGGAAUCAAAUAUAUUCAAACGAGGAAGAGCAACGACAGUCACAGGGGCAUCAAGAAUCAACAUCAAGUACCUGGACGUUAUGUGGCACACCAGAAUAUCUGGCGCCGGAAAUUAUUCAAAGUAAAGGUCACGGAAAACCCGUGGAUUGGUGGGCGUUAGGAAUUCUAAUAUUUGAAAUGUUAGCAGGGUAUCCUCCAUUUUUUGAUGAUAAUCCAUUUGGCAUUUAUGAAAAGAUUCUUGCCGGAAAGAUACAAUUUCCAUCGCAUGUUGAUGCGAAUGCUAAGGAUCUCGUUAAACGUCUACUAACAUCUGAUCGUACGAAGCGACUGGGUAACCUUCGGGGUGGUAGUGAAGAUGUGAGGAAGCAUAAAUGGUUCCGUGGUGUUGAUUGGCAAGGAUUAUACGAAAGACGUGUACAAGCACCGAUUGUUCCACCAUAUCAACAUCCAGGUGAUACUAGCAAUUUUGAAAAAUAUCCUGAACCUUCAGAUGAAGAAAAUAAUGUUAGUAAUUCAGGUAUCUUGCCGGGCGUUGAUCCUUAUCGACAUUUGUUUUUAAAUUUUUGA